UGGGUACGUACCCAUUCGCAUGUGACCAGCAGCAACUUAUUCGCAUUUAUUCUUUGUGCUCAUUUGUAUAUAUAUUUUCUGUUUGUCAUUGAAGACUUGGACCUCAAGCUAAUCAGCCAGAAGAUCGACCACCAUGAGCGUCGCAUACGGCGGACACGGCUCCUCGAUGUCGGCCGGCGGCGCCUCAAACGGCAACCAGCUGGACUAUGGCCGUUACUUGUCGUCCCUCGCCAAGCGCUUCCCGCAAUCAGCUAUCCGAGGGUUGUUCAAAGCCGAGAUGAUCCCUGGUAUGAUCUCAUUCCUUGCCGGAAUGCCGAAUCCCGCCACCUUCCCUGUAACCUCCCUUACCUUCACACUCUCCGCCGACCCGGAGGGCUCGGCUGCUGCCACCGCCAAUGGAAAUGGCCCCAGCGCAGCAAAAGAGGAGAUCAAAGUUGAGAUCAAGGGCGAGGACCUGAGCCUGGCUCUACAAUACAGUCAGACUUCAGGUCUCCCCCGGCUCAACAAGUGGCUCACAACUUUUGUCAGCGAACUGCACAACCGAAAGGUGAUAGAGCCAGACAACGAAAUUACCGCUGCCAAGGAGGGGCGCCACCCUUGGAGACUUACCGUCGGUGCCGGCAGCCAAGAUUUACUACACAAGACGUUCAAUGCGCUGCUGGACCCAGAAGAUAGCAUCUUGGUGGAGGCACCGUGUUACGCCGGUGUCAUCCCUUCUAUGGCCAUGAUCCCUGCGAACAUAAUUAAUGUUGAUUCUGACGCUGAAGGCGUCUCGCCGGCGUCACUUCGGUCCAUCCUUUCGCAAUGGUCGACAACCCCUUCUACAUCAGGCAAGCGCUUCCCCAAGGCCUUGUACACGGUUCCGACUGGUGCAAAUCCAGCCGGUACGACUGCGUCUGAGCAGCGUAAGCGCGACGUGCUCGCCAUCUGCCGCGAAUACGGUAUUCUCAUCCUCGAAGAUGACCCUUACUACUUUCUCAGUUUCCAAGGGCUCGGUGAGGAUCCCGUGACGCGACCGCGGUCGAAGAGCUACUUUGCGCUCGAGUCUGAGGACAGGGCGCGCUGGGGGGACGGCUAUGUGCUGCGCUUCGAGAGCUUCAGCAAGGUCCUCUCGGCAGGCGUACGCCUGGGCUUCCUUGCGGGUCCCACUGCCAUCGUCAAUGCAGUGGACACGCUCACCGCCAGCUGGAGCCUCCAGCCGUCUGGCCCGCCGCAAGCGCUGGCCCUCGCGCUGCUCGAGCAUUGGGGUAAAUCUGGCUUCUUGCGGCACGUCGACCGUGUCUCGUCGUUCUACAAGGCACGCAGGGACGUCUUUGAGACAAAAGUGCGCUGCGUACUCGGCGCCGACCCGGCGAGCGGUAGGCCUGCGGUCGCGGAGUGGGUCAGCCCGGUGGCUGGUAUGUUCCUCUGGCUGAAGCUCAAGCUGCCGCCAUCUACGAAAGAUGGGAGUAAUGAGGGUAGCGCGAAGGAGCUGGUCGAGGGAAGGGCAAGAGCCAAAGGCUUCCUCGCGGUGCCGGGCGUCGGGUUUCUGCCGGGCGUGAAAAGUUCACCGUACGUGCGCACAAGCUUCAGCGUCGUACCUGAGGACCAGAUCGAGGAAGGCUUCAAGAGACUCAGGGAAAGUAUUGAAGAAGCAUGGAAGGAAGCGGGGCUAGAGCUCAAGUAGAACAUGGUGUAUACAACGAAGUUGGAGAAGGCUGCAUGGGGGUAUUCAAUUGUGGACUGUGCAUGCACUGACUUCCUUGUAUACAAGCGUCCACCACUAAUCGAGUUCGUCUUG